AUGAACUACCGACGAGGUAAACAAAAAAGUUGGACUCAAAGCGAUGAAGACUCAAUACGCCGCCCUGCUCUUCCCCUUGAGGGCUAUGAUGAAGACGAACCGCUGCUAGCUCCAGGGGCUCCCCCUGCCUCGGGGCUGCAGUACUUGCGAAUGGUGAGAGCAGAGGCUAACGCCUGUCAGCAAGUAGUGACCGUGAGCCUUCCCGCCGAGAAACUUCAUUCACCUAUACCCCCCAAUGUAUUCGAUGUACGAAAAGAGUACUUUGGCACCAAGGCAUCCGGCGAUGAGUCAUAUAUACCCGAAAACCUGCGACCUUCAGCAGAUUGGCUGAAUAACUUUCUAGAGCGGUUUAAUGCGCUGCACGACGAGGUGGCCAAGCGCCGGCAAAUCGUUCGUAAAUCUGUUUCUUCAAGAUUUUUCCGGCCAAACCUCUACAACGAAAGAGGGUGGAAAAGGUUUUGCUAUGGUGAUCCGAUAGAGAAUGCUCCUCAAGAACCCAGUGCCAACAUGGAGUUACCUCCCAACGCACCGGUGCAUGAGCCGAGCGUGUCUGAGGAUGUACCGGAGAGUGUGCCUGAACUCACGCCAGAGAAUGUAGUUGAAAUUCAAGAGCACGAAGAUGCCAAAGAUCCAAGUGAUUCUGACAUUCUCAAAAAGCGGAAACGAGAGCUUGAUGAGGAAGAAGGCGAUACGUCUCAGAAGUCAAAACGUCUCCAAACUCAAAGUGCUGAACCAACUCAUGACGAACAAGCCAAGAAACUACCUCCCAGUGGAAAACAAGCCAGCGAAACAGAUAUAGUGAUAGGUGGAAAAGAGCCACUCUUAAACCUAAUAUGUAACUUGGAGCAAGGGGAGGUCCUCAAAGUUCUCAAGUAUCACACCAACUGGCUGUCCGAUGAUGACAUUUCCGAAGAGCAGUGCCAAUGGAUCUUUGCCCUUCUGCUCCGUCUCGACACGCUCCUUCACGGAGACGAAGUCUCUAUAAUUCGCGAUUUAUGCCGUAAAUGUCGCGGAAUACGGAGCCAUAUGAUUGAUCUGGAUGCAGGUGAUCCCCGAGCUGCAACUCUGAAUAUGAUUGUGGCGAUUGUGUCCCAUAUUUUCGGGCAGCGCGAUCUUGGAGACCAAGUUUCUUGAGUGCCUUUGAAUUUCAUGAUGCUUCAAUGUACAAAGAUAUGGUUCUAUAUAUUUUUUUUGUUGUCGCUGUGUCGUACCGUAUAUAUUGUACUGUAUUGGCAAAAACCAAUGUUUAUAAAGCAUUUCAAAUGUGGGUCC